GUGCUAGGGAUAUUUUCUUCACCCCCUCUCAAUUGCUUUCUUCUUCAUCUUCUCUCUUGUUCUUUAUGUCAUAGCUCUAUGCUUUGAUCCCUUUAUUAUUUAUGCCAUGAAAUAUGAUCGAUCGUCAUGUUAAUGAUAGCUGGCUAAGCAUCUGUUUAAGUUUAUGCACUAAAAAAGUUUUGUUCAAAGAAUUUCUCAAGUUUGUUCUUGUUGUAUACAUGCUUUUCAGAAAUGAGUUUCACUGUUGGAAUCCGAAAUUGCUUCACUGCAAAGUUCAGGGUUGGCUUUGUCCCAUUCAUCCUCCGUUUCCCUUCAUUUGAAAGAAAUUCCAAGCAGUGAUUUCCCGCUUUCGUCUCUGGCUUCGCCUCUGGCUUCGCUCUUUCUUGUUGCCCUUCGUCGGAGGCCGUCGAGUUCAGGGGCCUCACGGUGAGACCAUCCAUUGCUAUUCCGUUCUUUUCUCGUCGGGAAUUUAGAAUCCCUUUUCUGUUUGCUUAACUGGCGAUCGAAGUGUUUUUGCUCAACUCCAAUCUUGUCUUGUUUGGGUCUCUUCUUGUAGAGUUCCUCUGUUCGUCCGUGUUUCUUUGAGUCUGCUACUGAGUUCUUGACGAUCAAUUGAUCAAUGUGGUGAGUUUUUCGUCUUUCCCGUCUCCUUGGAUUGGUAUCUGCUAUUGAAUUUUUGGCUCCCGUCUGUAUCGUUUCUGCGAACCCUAAGUUUGAUGUCAAACUGAUUUCGAGUUUCUUUCCUUUUUCUUUAGAAUUACCUUGCUUUAAUCGGUAUGGAGGAUACCCUUUAGUUUGUUAGCUUGGAAUUUUGAUCUCAUUGGUGUCUGCGACUGGAGCUUAAACUCCCCACAGCUUAGUUUUCGUCGAACCCUUAUUUUACUUUCAGAUCGAUUUUGAACAACCUUUCUUUUUCUUUAGAAUCGCCUAACAUCAAUGAGGGUGGAGGAGACCCUUUAGUUUGGUUGCUUGGAAUCUUAGCUUAUUCUUAUCAACUGUUCAACUUAAGUCUUUUUUUCUUUCUGUAUCCUUGAAAUUUGGCUAACUGUUAUCUGGAGACCUUGAGUUAGUUUGUUUAGAAUAUUAGUCUAAUUCGUAGAUACAGUAGAAUCUUUUUUUUGUUUCUUCAAAAUCGGGUUCAUGGUUCUUCACAAGUUUGUUUAACUUUCAUGAAUCUUUCACUGCCAGAUUGCUCUUUUGCUUCUUUGAAUCUUUCGAAAGUCUCUAUUAAUCUAGUCUCUGUCGUAGCUCCUAAAUCUUUCAAAAGUUCCUUGUAUUGAUCCCUACUGUAGUAUAUUUUUGAUUUACUGUAAUUCUUCUGUCAAGUUCGAUGAAACUGGUGUUUUCAAGACUUACUAUUCAUUUUCAGCUUUUCUAUGGAGAUUUAUUACCUAGGCUGCCUAUACUAUGUCUCUAACUGUGAUUAUAUUACCUAGGCUGAAUACUGUUUUCCGCAAGGCUGGUAGCUUUAUCAGCGGGGUGUUCACUGGGACGUUUAACAAAAGGUGAGAAUAUGUUCUGUAUUUAAUAUUUUUUAUUUCUUUCUGUUUCUGGUAGUUUGCUGAUAGAUUCCAUCUGUCUUUAUUCUAGGAAGUUUGAUGCCAUAGAGAGGGCCGCGAGAGACAGCCAAGAUUUGCUCCACCAACUUGAUCAAUUGGAAAAGGCUGUUAUAGCCAAUGCCAACCAACUGACAGACUUAGAGAGUAGUAUUAAAAGUGCCAUUCGUGAUCAGCAGAGUCAUGUGUUAAUCUUCGUAUUGCUGUCUCGUAUUCAAAAGAUUCAAGAUGAAAACCGUAAUCUUUCUCUGAGAAUGCAAGCUGUUAUCACACAGCAGAAAGGUUGCGAAACUGUGAUAAAGAGGAUAAAGGCGGGAGAUGUAAGUGUUUUUUGCUGAUCCAUAGAUUCUGUGUUCAUUUAUCAAAGUAGCUGUACAAAGUUAUUCUCAUCUUGCAUAAUGUUGGUCUUUUUUUUUUUUUUAAUUUUGUGCUUGUUCAACUUGGUUUGUGAACAUUAUUUUGCAGGGCAAUCCUUCUUUGCUACUGCCAAAUCUCAACACUGCUGUUAAUGAGGAAGAUGCAGUAGAUCUCCAAACUGAAAAUAAUGCAAUUGAUUUUGUCCAUGUCGGUAACUUCAUAAACAUUUUAUUUCUUUUCUUGUUGAUAUAUUAUCUUAACAAUUUCAAUUCUUUUGCAGGAGGCUGUCUUUCUUGAUAUCAAUGUCCAUCCUCCUUUGGAAAAUGUUGCUAACAAUGGAAAUCAGGUACAUGAGGUGUUUUAUGUUAUGCAUUUUUUUGCUUUUUCAAAGUAUAUAAGUGUACUAUGGCUCACAUUGUCUUUUUUUUUUUUUUUACAAUUUUAGAAGAAUAACAUAUUAUGGAUACGUUAACUUAUAAUUAAUAAUGUCUUUAACUUAUUCUGCAAAUUUUUAUGAAAAAUACUAGAUAUACGUUAAAUCAUACAGAACCAAAACAACCCUCCGUUGUUCGAUGUAGAAACUACAUUAAUAUCAACCAAUAUGAAAUGCUCAUUAAGAACAAGAGCAUCCUUCGUCCACUCUCCAGACUCGGAACAAAACACGUCUAUCUUUAUAGAAUCGGGAAAGUGAUAUAUACAGACCAUCCGAAACCGAUAUGCAGAGGAAUAAACAAAUGGUUUUUGGCCAUCUCCUAGAUCAAGUUUAACAUUAGAGCGGGGUUCACAAACUAACCUUGCCUCUUUUAAUCCAAUCGUAGAAAACAGCCGCGUUUCAGGCGCUAGAGGAAGAGCGAUCCACUGCACCGUAAACGGGUUGCAGAGGAAGAGAGAUCUCGGAUAUUCGGCAUGAAAAAACCCUGCCUCGUUAAAUCCGCACAAAACCAAGUCCUUGUAGGAAUCAUAAACUCGGAAAUCCCAUCGUUGUACGAAACAAAAUUUAUCAGGCAGGAGGAGGAAGCUCAAAAUGGAUUUGCCGAAGCAUGAGGCCAUCAAAGGUGGUUCUUCGAAUUCGCCCCGCCGUAUCGUUCCCAUCUGCUCUGCUGGUGAGAAAUGAAACGGCCAACGAAGUGGGGAUCGGAAAUCAGAGACUUCCAUCGCUUGCAGAAUGCUUUGAAUUGCCAGGCGAAUCUGGGUUCCGGAAGGCGAAUGAGAACUUCUGCUAGGAGAUCGUCACCGAAAUUGCUGAUCGGAGAACGAGUGUUUACUACUUCCGAGUCAUCGACCCGCCGUCAUUUCCUGGACGCGCAAGGGAGAAGACCAAAUCUUAGCUCCAGUGGGUUGGAUGUGCAGUUCUCGGUGGCCAUGGCAGCGGUACAACUACAGGAUGAACACGAAGAUUAGCACGCCGCCGAUAAAGGAGAAAGGAUGCGGUGGUAGAUGAGAGGCAGAGAUUUGAACUCCUAUUAAUAGACGCAAUGAUACAUGAAUGCCGAAUCUACUAUGGAUUAGGAACGCCCAUAUGAAACAUGGCCAAUUCAUGGGUCGGGUCUCUCUUUAUAGUUGCACUUCUAAUUUUGGGCAAAUAACCCUAAAAAAUCGUAACUAUUAAAAAAUAUUAUUUGUGUUC